AUGGCAAGCGCCGCGGCAGACGCCGAGGUUGCUUUCUCCAAAGCCCUGGCUGUGGCCUUUGCUAGUGCCAUCAGCAAGUUCGACACGCUUAGCACAUACUUCGAAAAGGGCAUGGCCGUUCAAGAGGUUAUUGCCAUGCUGGUGGAGGAGAUGCGUGGAGACAAGGAUUUCUUUCCUGCCAUAACCUCGGAAGAGGAGGAGCAGUCUGUCGCGAAGUUUGUGCAGCGGUCUGUGGGCAAGAGCUAUGGCGAAUGGAAGAGGACUCAGGGGAAGGUAAGUCACCCGGUGGGCGUGCCAGUGGGCGAGAACCCUCUGCCCUGGGCCAGCAUCGACAACUACCCUGAGUGGGUCUUCGAGCAGAUCCGGUGCUACCUCAAUGCUGAGGCCAGCGAGGCACCGUUCAUGCAGCGCCAGCUUGAGAAGCAGCUGCUGGAGACGCCGCUCUUCUCGGCCUCGGUGAAAUACGACGGGACUAGCCUGGGCCUGCUGGACACAGGUGACCUGGUCGGCCGACGCCACGUGCUGGGCAAGGUGAGCAGCUACCAGUGCACCUCCACCGCGGCCACCGGCGCCUGCGACUUGCCGCUUCUCCAGGCGCGCCUCGCCGAGCUGCUCGGGGUGGCACUGGCUCCCGGCGCCAUGUGCGUUUGGGGCGAGCUGAUGUGCAAUCCAGGCUACUACGGGUACUUGGACCGGGGCUUCCACGAGCAAUGGCUGCCCUUCGGUGUGGUACUUCAGCUCCCAGAGGCAGCGCCGCUGCCAGAGAUCUCCGAGCGCCUGCAAAAGGAGCAGCUGGCGCAUGGCUUCUCCGCGGAGAAGAAUCGCCUGCGCCUCUACCUGUGCCCCGCCCUGAGGCAAGUACUUCGCGAGGCCAAGUGCAAGGUGGUGGAGGUGGUGGAGCACGGCUUGAGCCACGCCCAGCUGGUAGCCCAACAGGCGCAUGCGGUCAUGGACGGCAGCAACGAGGGGCUGGUUCUGGUGUUCCCCCGAGGCGCAGAGGCUUCGGUGCGGAAGUGGAAGAACUCCACGGAAGGGGGUGUUGCCGACAAGCACGCGAAGCUGCUUCGGAGCCUCGACGCAGCAGGCCUUCAAGCGGCUGGACGCCUGCACCCGGAGAUCGCCCAGCUGGUGGGGACGCUGGUGACGGUGGCGGAGGCCAAGACGGAGGUGACCAAAGUGGGACGCAAGGCCAUGGGCGUCUGA